AUGGCGGAUGAUUCACCAACAGGAGGUCUACCAUCCAUGGAUGACGGAUCGGCUGCAAGUCAGACAUCAAAAUUAAAGAGGAGCCAUCCGGGGCAUUCAAGUGCUGCAGUUGAUGCUACUGCAGGUACCGGGAUUGCAGGGGCCGGUAAUAAUACGAGAAGGUCGAUAGCUUGGGAUCACUUCGAAACUAUUGUGGUCGAAGGUAUUACCAGGGCUGAAUGCAAACAUUGCAAGAAAACAUAUAAGUGUGAUACUCGAAGGAAUGGUACGUCUUCACUUCUUCACCAUAUAUCGGUUUGUAAAGCUAAUCCAGAUGUGACCGAGAAAAAACAAGCGAAAUUGAAUUUGCAACCAAUAGCUGAGGGUGAUGAAAUUGUAGGAAGUUUAACUAGUUGGAAAUUUGAUCAGGAAGCCAUUAGGUCAGAACUAGCAAGAAUGGUCAUUGUUGAUGAGCUUCCAUUUCGGUUUGUGGAAGGUGAUGGAUUCAAAAAUUUCAUGUCGGUUACGCAGCCUAGGUUUAAAAUACCCUCUCGUUGGACUGUGUCACGAGAUUGUUAUCAAUUAUACCUAGAUGAGAAGUUAAAAUUAAGAAAUUACUUCAAAAUGUAUGGAAAAACAAUUUCUAUUACCACAGAUACUUGGACUUCCGUGCAAAAGAUUAAUUAUAUGUGUAUCACUGCGCACUACAUCGAUGAAGAAUGGAGCUUAAAUAAAAAGAUCAUCAACUUUUGUCCCAUUGAGAGUCACAAGGGUGAGGAUUUAGGAAGACAAAUAGAUGGUUGUUUGCGGGAUUGGGGAAUCUCAAAGGUGUUUUCUAUUACGGUUGAUAAUGCGCCUUCUAAUGAUACUUGUCUUACAUAUUUGAAAAGUAGAUUGACUUCUCGGGGUUGUGCUUUUGUGAAAGGAAAGUUUCUUCAUAUGAGGUGCAUUGCUCACAUUAUCAAUUUGGUAGUGGUGGAUGGGAUAAAUGAAAUCAAGCAUUCCAUUAAGAAUAUUCGUCAUGCGGUUCGAUUUGUGAAACAAUCUCCGGCUAGAUUGGUGAAAUUUCGGGAGUGUUGUAAUGAUGAAGGUAUUGUGAGUAAAAGCUUGUUAUGCUUAGAUGUGAGCACUAGGUGGAACUCAACAUACUUGAUGUUGAAUGUUGCACAAAAGUUUGAGAGGGCAUUUGAUAGGUAUGAAAUGAAAGAUCCUUUCUUUAGACUAGAGCUCAAGCAUGGACCACCAUCAAUUGUUGAUUGGGAAAAUGCUAGAAGGAUGGUUGAUAUUUUAUCCCACUUCUACGAGCUAACGUUGAGGAUUUCGGGCACAUCUUAUGUCACUUCAAAUGAAUUUUAUCAUGAAAUUAGCUCGGUGAAUUGCUUGUUAAGAGAAUGGAUUGCUAGCAAUGAUCUUGAUAUCAAAGCAAUGGGUGAAAAAAUGAAAUCAAAAUACAAUAAAUAUUGGGGGGAUCCGAAAAAUGUGAAUCAUCUUAUUUAUGUGGCGGUUUUUGUUGAUCCUCGCUACAAGUUGGAGUUCCUUGAGUAUGCACUUUGCGAAGAGCAUGGAGAAAAGAACGGUUCGGAGAUCUUCAAGAGUGUGAAGGGGAGUGUUCACGAGUUGUUUGAAGCUUAUAAGUUGAUUUAUCAACCUCAUUGUGCCACGUCCACACAAUCGACGAAUCGAGUUUCAAGUUUAAAUGAAUCCUCUCAUCCCAAUCUUUCAAAGAAUAAAUCUAGAUAUCACUUGGGGGAUAAGUUCAAAAGGCACAAGAUAGAGAGUGGAGAAGUAGAAAGCAAGUGUGACUUGGAUGUUUACUUGAAAGAGAGUACUCUUGUUGUCGAGAAAGAUGAUUUUGACAUUUUAAGGUGGUGGAAACUCAACCAAAGUAGAUUUCCCAUCCUCUCUUGUUUUGCACGGGAUGUGUUGGCGAUUCCCAUCUCUACCGUGGCCUCGGAGUCCGCUUUUAGCACCGGCGGUCGUGUUCUUGAUGAUUAUAGGAGUUCUUUAACUCCUAAAAUUGUGGAGGCUCUUAUAUGUGCUCAAGAUUGGUUGAAAAAAAAGAAAUCCAAGUGGACCAAGCCCCUUGAAGAGAGCCUAGAAGAUAUUGCAAAAAUAGAAGAAGCUUUGCAAGGUGUUGGGAUUAGCGAUGUCAACGACAAUGACGACAUAAUGGACUUGGAGGAAUAG